CGGCUCUCACGGCGCGUCUCUCCCGCAGGCGCCUGGGCGCGCGCGCUGCUCCGGGACUACGCCGAGGCCUGCGGGGACGCGGCGGCGGCGGCCCGGGCCCGGCCGGUGCGCGCGGCCGCGUACGCAGGGCUGCUGGGCGGCGCGGCGGCCUGCUGCGCGCUGGCGCCGGGCGAGGCGGCCUUUGAGGAGGCGCUGCUCGACGCGUCGGGGACGCUGCUGCUCCUGGCGCCGGCCACGCGCAACCGCGCCUCGGAGGCGCACGUGCAGCGGCUGCUCUGGCUGCGGGGCCGCGGGCGCCUGCGCCACGCCAGCCUGGGCCUCUGCUCGCUGGUUUACGAGGCGCCCUUCGACGCCCAGACCAGCCUCUACCAGGCUCGCUGCCGCUACCUGCAGCCCCGCUGGGCCGACUUCCCCGCCCGGGUGCUGGACGUGGGCUUCGCGGGCCGCUGGUGGGUGCUCGGGGCCCGCAUGCGCGACUGCGACAUCAACGACGACGAGUUCCUCCACCUGCCGGUGCACCUGCGCGUCAUCGGGCCCCAGCAGCUGCGCUCCGAGGCCAACGAGCGGCUCUUCGACGAGAAGUACAGGCCGGUGGUGCUCACGGACGAUCAGGUGGACCAGGCGCUGUGGGAGGAGCAGGUCCUGCAGAAGGAGAAGAGGGAGCAGCUUGCCCUGAGCCAGGCCGACUCGCUGCUGCCGCCGGAGGGCGCGAGAUGAGACCCCGGGGGAGACCCCGGGAUGGGGCAGUUGGUGGGAGGGCGCCUCGAAGGCAGCGACGGAGAUCAGCUACGUGCGGACUGUGGUCUCGCUGGGUUCCCCAAAUUAGGGGGCUUUCUCGCUCUCCCCUUGUUCCUUGUUCCCUGAAGCCGGUCCAGAGCCGUCUGGGUCGAGGAGUUAGGCGGAGCGGAGCGGCGUGGCCGUGUGUUUUCCACUGCCGGAGUCAGUAAUGAACCUUAUUCAUAACUGAGCCUUUUUGUCACUGCUCGGCUGCACAGUCCCCCCGACUGAGGUGUCCCAUUUGUGGGGGGACUCCCAAGCUCUCCUAAGACCGUUCCGAUUUCUGUUUAAAAUUGGAACUGAAAUGUUUAUUUAUUCCUAUGAGUAACAUGUUUGGGUUUUUUUAACUUUUUAUUUUGAAAUAAUUAUAGUCUCGAAGGAAACUGGGAAAAUAAUACAGACAUUCUGGGUACCCUUCCGCUGGCUUCCCUGAAAUGGAACCGUGUUACAUAAGCAAUACCAAACCAAGAGAUGGACAUUGGUAUAGGGAAACUUUUUGCAAAAAAAAAAAAAAAAUGCCUGCUUUUACCAUAUGUGUAUUGAGGGUGAUGUUAAAGUGACUUGGAGGGAUAAAGCAUUUUCUGAUGUGAAACUCUAUAUGGAAUCAUAGAUUCUGGUUAUGUUAUAUUUAAUCCUGAAAACGGAAUCCUCUGUAAGGGAAUGUUAGCGUACAUAGCUAGGUUAUGGUAAUCAUACUUUUGAAACUAAAAUAUUGCAGGAAUGAAAUACCUCUGUCACCUAGGUGGCCCGUGGGUACUUAAUAAAACCAGGAGAUGAAACAG